AGGUCUGCGGCAGAGCGAAGACGUUGCAGGAUCGGCUUGGGAUCAGAGUGGUCUUGGCAGAGAAGGGUGUCUCGGGGAUAAAGCGGGUGGAAGAGGGGAGGGCAACGGUGCCCGGCAGCACAGCACAACUUCCGCCACUUUAGUAGCGCCUGAGCCUCGCCGGGAGCCGCUGGCGACGCGGUCCGGGGACACGAUGGUGUCGUGGAUCAUCUCAAGGACUGUGGUUCUUGUGUUUGGAACCUUGUAUCCUGCUUAUUAUUCGUACAAAGCUGUGAAAACCAAAAAUGUGAAGGAAUAUGUUCGUUGGAUGAUGUACUGGAUUGUUUUUGCCCUUUACACAGUACUUGAAACGUUUGCAGAUCUCACUAUUGCAUGGUUUCCACUGUACUAUGAACUUAAAGUUGCAUUUGUUAUUUGGUUGCUGUCUCCAUACACACGAGGUGCAGGUGUACUUUACAGAAAGUUUCUACAUCCUCUUCUCUCCUCCCGUGAGCGAGAAAUUGAUGACUAUAUUAGCCAAGCCAAAGAUCGAAGCUAUGAUACUAUGGUGAAAUUUGGAAAACAAGGUCUAAACUUAGCUGCAACUGCUGCUGUAUCUGCUGCAGUAAAGAGUCAAGGUGCAAUCACUGAGAAGCUGAGGAGUUUAAGUAUGCAUGAUUUAACAACCAUACAAGGUGAUGAGCCAGUAGGGCACCAUUCCUUAACUGGUGGGGCAGAUACCAGAAAGAAGGUGAAACAUUUGCCUAAAGAGGACUUCAACAAGCAUUUUGACUAUGACGAUGUGGAUAGUGAGGAUCGAUCAGAGGUUGAGCAAAACAGUGCUCAUUCUGAUGAUGAGGUGAUCACACAAAAGCAUCUUCAACGAUCACAGAGCCUCAAAAUAAAACGGAAAGGCCAACGUAAAGAGGUUCGGUAUGGAUCCCUGAAGUUGAGAUCUAAGAAGAGGUCCCAAUGUAGUUAUAUCCCAGGAUAAGAUGCUUUGGAUAUUCUUUUUGAUUCUGACUUGACCUGAAUAUGUGCAGUGUGAUUUGUAAAUAUUUUUUUUAACUUCAAGAAAGCUGAGAUUUGCUGUUUCCUAUGAUAUAUGACUUUGUCAUCUUGACUCAUCCUGCUGAGUUGGCCCAGUGACUGAGGUCUGCAUUUAUUGUAGUUGUCCUGUGAUGAUGGGGCUUGAAACUGAUAUGUAAUAUCGGCUGGUAACUUUAAAUCAUUAACCGGAAGAGUAAUCUUUCACAGAGUAUAUUGUGACAAUUCAGGAGAAGGCUUAACCAAUAGAUUUCGAGGAGAAGAUUUGAAGAACUUGAAUUCUGAAUUACGGAGAAGCUCAUGGAAACAUUGAAUUUGAGCUGUGGUUUUUAAAAAAAAUCGAGUAUAUGUUUGUCAUAGAAGUAUGCACUUUCUUGCACUCAACACUAAUGACCGCAUUUUCAGUAAUGAUUUGGUAACUCUGGGCUUGUACUGUAAAACCUUCUAUAAGUGUGUUUCAGAUAGAACUCAAAAGUUGAAUAUGUUAAAAGCAAAAUAUUUAGUAUUUUGAAUGACAAUUUUUUGAACAUUACUUGCAUGUUUUUAUAAAUUUUGUAUAAGUUAAUAGGUGCCUUUAUUUUAUAUCUGUCAGUGUAGGUUGUGAAUUUUUCCAACUUUCUACCUUUUUAAAUAUGGAAUAUACUGAGCACAAUUCAGUAGCAAGUACUUGGUGUAAUUGACUUGUGAAUUCUAGGAUGUUCUUGGGAUUCAAACGUUCAGAUAAAUGUUGGUAUGUGACUAUUCACCUGGUUCUCAAGUUUUAACAACAGACGUUUUUAGCUGUAUUUUGAUAUGUAGAAUGCAGCAGAGCUGCAAUAAGUGUACAGGUUGGUGCAGGACUUAAAGCUUUUAUUGUAAUAAAUUUGUUCUGACAGUUACAUUUAAGACAUUUUUUAAUUGUCUAAAUACAAACGAUUUCUACCCAAUGGUUGGGAAUGCAAUGCAAAGGAUUAUUGAUUGUUUAAAUAACUAAAUAUAACAAACAUACAUGCACCAUACAAAGCGUCUUUAACCUGAAGCAUUAACUCUGUUUCUUAUUCCACAGAUACUGCCUGACCUGAUGAGUAUUUCCAGCAUUUUGUUUUUAUUUCAGAUUUCCAGCAUGUGCAUUUUUGUUCAUCCCUUGCAGUUCAAUGUCUUGCUUGCAAGAAGCACUCAACUUUCUGCAGGUUCAGACUAAUGUAAUCCGACUGGCCUAUAGGAUACUGAUGAUGCCAGUCUUAAAGGACAUUCUCUUCCCCCCUCCCACCCCAACAAGAACAUUUCCUGUUCUUGUUACUGACAGAUCUCCCAAGUUGACACAUUUAAUCAAGCCCACCCAUCGCUGCUACUUAGCCAGUGAAUGGGAAUUCAGCUCAGCUAUCUAAAUGGCAAAGGAUCCUUGCUGAUUGAUUUUUCCUUUCCUUGAUGCAACUGGUGAAACAGCAAAGCAAACCACAGUAAAACUCUAAUCUGACUAUUUGGAAAUCCUGUUUGUUCUGCAUUUGGCUCACCGGGUAAUGUUCCCUGCACUGCCUCACCAGGCACCUGGUUCCUGCAUACCCUGGUAACUUACCAGAUUCACUGGGAAAUUUAUUAUAGUACAGAGUAACAUCUUUUACAAUUGAUAGUGUAUUGGGCUAUUAUUAAGAAUGGAAAAUAUGCCAGCUAAUCAGCCUUUUACUCAAUUAACAAAGUGAGGCCUUCAUUAACGUGGCUUGUCUCUUAAGUGGACUAGAGCUGGAAUCUGAUUUCCUGCCCGUCAUCUCCCUUUAUUAGAAUGAGUGCUAUAAUUGGAUAUGUGCUGAGAUUCUUUGGUGGUUAAUUGUUUUUGUUUUGGGCUGUUAGAAGUCAAGCACAUUGGUGGAUCUGUGGUGACAUUGGACCAACUAGUUAUGGAUGGCAGAUUUCCUUUCCUGAAAUCAAAUAGGUUGAUAUGACUGGUGGCUUUAUGGUCAAAGAUACUGAGACUGGCUUUUUUUAUUUCUCCAUGUACAGUAAUGACAAAUUGAUAUUUAAAUUCAGCAGCAAUGGUAGCAUUCAAAUUAGUGAUCAAUGGUCAAAAGUUCUUGUUGCUGGUUUGGUAAUUUAACCACUACAUCGCUGUAGUCUGCCUUUGCCUUUGGAAGUGAAAGUUAUGAAAAUCAACAGCAGGAAACACCUGGUUUCUUAACAUUUUUUGAGAUAUGAUAUGUUAAAUCAAAGUUUUAUGUGAUGGCUGAGGUACCACUCACUAUAUCAUGGCCUGCACAUUGUCAUUUACCUCAAGGUUUCCUAGCAAGUAAAGUAAAAUGUGAAGCCAUGCAGUAUAACUUGCCCCACCACCAUCCCACUGAAUUUUGGGGUCUCCCUCAGCUAGAGAAACACAAAAGAUCUCAACAGCCUGGAUUGCUACCAACAGAAGUUGCCUGACCAUGCAAAGACUGGGACUUUCCUCACUCCCAGUGCUGCGCUGGUUGGGUCAGCGAUUUGUGAGCAACCAGGCCACUUUCACUACCUUUCCACCUGAAAAGAAGAUGCAUGUUGGUAGUUGUGAUAUUAACUGCCAUUCAGCAGAUCAAACAUCUUGGGCCUAUUGUUCAGAACACUUGGAUUUAUUGGAAGUGGUUUACUGGUCAUCCUUUGGCCCUCUUCACAUUAUUAUCAACAACUGGUACAGCUUGCUGUCCACGUUUUUUUUUCCCCUGUUGGCUUUAUGCUGCUAGUAAUGAAAUUUGCACGCUUUGUUUUGUUGUCCAUGUUCUCCAUCACUAAACUUGACACUGAGAUUUAGGUUUCUUUUAUCACUCUGUAUGAGGGUAAGUUCUACAAAAGGAACAGAAAUAGCUAACCUCCUCCUUGAGCUUAUUAUGAUUCCAGAACAUCGUGGCAGAACUAAUGUUCGGCCUCUUCUCCACUCCUGAUCUAUGCAUCCCAGUGUUAUCUGGUUAUGUUACUUUACUUCUGUUUAUAGGUGUAAACGAUACUCUUCCCUGAAACUAGUCACUAUGAAUCUUUUUUGUUCUGGCUGGACAAGAUGUCAAUGACACAAAUUUAUUGACCUAUUUUUAUGUUGGGUUUGGCUAAUUAUGCUGUCAAUCAAAACUACCUUUCCCUUAGUUCUGCCCUCUGGCAGACAUAUUCAAGGCACUGUUCUCACCUUAACUGAAUAUUCUAAGGUUGUAUUAACAAACAGGAAUGACUAUGAGGAAUGUGGGCAGGUGAGUUUCAACAAAACAAAGGUAAAAUACUGCAGCUGCUGGAAAUCAUAGAAAAAAUUAAAAUUUGUGGGUGUUCAUCAAUUUGGUGAGAAACCAUAUGUUCU